CCUACAUGUGAACCAUUGGCUUGGGGAUGCAUUGACGAACAGCGACAAAGACAUGAUGUCUUCCGCGCCAUCCGGGGCAACCGGGCAAUCUGGGCAUUCCGGGGGAUCUGACCAAUCUGGGCGUUCCGGGGGAUCCGGGCAAUCUGAGCAUUCCAAAAAAUCCGAACAAUCUGGGCAAUCUGGUUCUGAUGGGGAGGGGAAAUCUCCGCAAUCGGGCGAGUCCCAAACCCGACCAGCAGAAUUUCCAGAUGCGGUCGAAGAUGGAGUUCGUCCAGUGGGUCUACAAGAUCCAAAUCAUCAAGUUCGUCAGGAUCCCGACCAUGUUCGUCCGGUGGGUCUACAAGUUACCGGUCGUCGAGGUUAUCCAGCAGGCCCACAGGACCUUAAUCAUCAAGUUCGUCCAGCAGGCCUACAGGAUCCCAAUCAUGUUCGCCCAGCGGGUCCACAGGAUCCCCAUCAUCGAGUUCGCCCAGCAAGGCCACAAGAUCCCAAUCAUCAAUGGCGCCCAGCGGGCCCAGGGGAUUCGAGUCAUCGAGUGCGAACAGUAGGCCCACAGGGUCCCAAUCAUCGAUCUCCCUGCUUGCUCAAUUCCUACCAUCAAGCUGGCUGUUUGAAAGGAGACCGCUGUGAAUAUUCCCAUCUUGCCCAUGCAGAUCAAAUGCAGGCGCCCAUCCCGGGGACCCGCCGCUCCUCCGCACGCAAUCGUAUUCGGCGGCGGGUGGCGAAGUUGCUGAACACAAGAAAUCUAUACUCGGUGCACCACCAGC